UUCGAAUGUACAACGGAAUGACGAAAUCGCGAACAGAUAUCUAUGUAAUCCCUUGCAAGACGCGCAGCUACGAGUCAUGUAGUAUGAGCGAACCAAUUCACAGUCGUCUAUUGCGUAUAUCUGCAGACACACAUAGCUGAACAUAAGCACGUGAUCCUAAAGAAACAUGUACACACAUAUACACACGUACAAAUUAUGGUACGCGUCGAGGAUGUUGCUUCGAUGAUCGCUUUCAGAUUCUCCUUUAAACUAGCUUUGAUGUAUGAAACGUUCGUGUCGAAGGAUAAUUGUUUAUUUCAGUGGACAUUGUUCCGCGUGAUAGUCAGUCUGGUAACACCCGAUCCGCGUGUCUAACAGUUUGCCUAACACCACUCGGUGAUAUACAUCAUAAUGACGAUGAUACACGACACGAGAUUGCAAACAAAUCACUAUCGUGGAUACUCUACUUACGUCCUUAUCUUGUACAUAUUCGUAACGAGAUAUGCUUGAGCACGUCAGCCACGAACCGUGAUUAUCCUUUAUGAGAACGUUAACAGAUUAUCUGACUAUAUUGGGCAGCAUCAUGCCGAGAUCGCAAUUAAUUUUUGUCAGAUAAACUACUCGGCAAUCCAGGUAGAUCUGUUUCAUUCUCAGCAGGGUCUACUGAUGGCGUCACCGUUUCGUAAAUGCCAUUCAACAUUUACGUUUCGUUCUUUCAGUUAUCCGGAUGAAAGUGGUGGUGGUGGUCUUCUCAGUUGCGGUUGUAGCAACUAGAGCUUUGCCCCUCUCAAAAGUGCACGUGAAAUUUAUUUCCCCUCCGCACAUUUAUGAGCACGGUAUUACGACAGAUGGGGAUCGGACGAUAGAUCAAAGAUCUUACAUCUCGAUUGGGAGAAGAAGCACAACAGGAAGUCCCAAAGAAUUUGGACAACGUUUACGUAAUAAAGCAAACAUUGUACCAUUAUACAUAAAACCGGAAAAUGCUGAAUCUCUGUGGCCGGUAGGCGUUUUCAUUCCACCAGUGGAUAUCAAUGAUCUCGGUUAUAGUUCGCAAGAAUCAAGGCAUACAACACCUGAUUUUUCCAACGGGCUUGAAUAUCACGAUCCGUAUCUAUUGACUGGUGAGGAAGCAAUGCUAGCUGUAAAAUAUCUAUAUAGUCAAGGCGAGCUGUUUUAUAAUGAUAUUCCACAUGAAAGAGCACUGCUGAGAAACCAAGAAGAAAGGAGACGGAACGGCCUUCACGAUCACAUAUUGAAAAGUUUAAGGCCGACCUCGCCGUUUUGGAAAGAUACUUAACAUAGAGGCUUUUAUUAACAGUAACGUUAUUUACGAAUUGGCUGACGGAUAUCGUAUCUUGGUAAAAGGAAAAAGAUAAAAUCGUUUUGAUAUCAAGCGAAAAGUACGCUUCAUCUUUAUUUAGUGUCAUUUUAAAAUACCAAUUCUGCUUUUUAUUUGGAAAUUCUAAAACUAAGAAGAAUAAUUACAUUUCCUUUUUUUUUUUUUUUACGUAGUCUGUAUUUAACAGUCUUACAGGUGCAAACGAUCAUGCACGUUAUUAAUAUAUUAAAACAUUUUACUAAUCUCCGUACAAUGUUUCACGAAGAUUUAUCAUGUAAAGUAUGUAUGUAUACCUCAGUUUCUUGUGAUUAUCAUACAUAAGAAACAAAGUUAUAAAUAAAGUAAAGUAUGUUUUUAGAGA